GAAAAGAGAUCACAAUGUAACACAAAUAAUAAUGGAUGUAAGAGAUCAUGAAAAAGACGGAGAAACAAGCACAGAGACCAUUUGGAUUUCACACAAGAAACCGUGUGAUGUUUCAACUGAAAAUAAGGAGCUAUAUAAAGGACAAGAGCAUUAUUCAUCAAAUAUAUCUCUAACACACAGUCAAACACACGAUGAUGCUGGGAAGAUGCUAGAAAAUGAGGAGGUUAGAAAAGACAAAAAAGAGACUGAGAAUACUGCAGUUAAUGAUGUGACCUCAAAGUCAGAGGAAAUGUUUAGUUUUGAAGACUCAGCAACAGAUACAGGAUCUCACGCACAACAACAACUGUUUAUGCAAUCUCCUGAUAAAGAAGACUAUGACUUGCAUGAAAAUGUGAAUGAGAAACGUGAAAAGGAAGAAAUACUUUUCAGUGUAGAAUCAGAGAAUGUAGCUUUUGAUAGAGGCAAUGAGAGAAGUGAAGGAACAGACGGAAUUAAGGAGAUGGAUGCAGCACCAGUCCUGACAUUAGAUGUGGGAGAUGCAGACCUACAUUUAGAAGUUGAAGCACAGAACAAAACAUUUGACUCAACAAACAGUGAAGCAGAUGGAACAGAAGAGAAUAUCAAUGGUGCUAGUGUUUUAGUCAGAGAAAAUAAAGUUAUUGGAAAUACAGUGGAGAGUAAUAUGACUCCUGAUGCACACAUGGAAGCAUUGGAAGUAUCUGAAAAUGCUGAGCAAGAAGUUUCAGGAGAAACAAUUCUCAAGCAAAGUGACAUCAACAUCGUUCCUGAAGAUUCUCAUGAAGAGGAGGCACACACAAAAUCAAGUCCAGUUAUUCAGAAGAGAAAAAUGGGCUCAACUCGUAGACCUCUCAAAGGGAAUAAAGGACUAAGAAAAGGUCAUGAUGAAAAAGAAAUCUUCAAUUUGGAGGAUAAACCCAGUCCAGAUGAAUCCAGAUAUACUGCAGUGAGUAUCUGUGACAUUUCAGAAUCACAAACUUUCACAAAAAUCUAUGCAGGGUCCCAGGAAAAUACUGGAGAUGUUGAAAUAGUGCCAGCAGAGGGAGACACAGAAUCACACUCAGAAAACAAAACGUUUGACUCAACAGCAUUUGAAGGAGAAGUUGAAGUCAGAGAAGUUGAAGUUAUUGGAGAUACCGUGGGCAGUAAUAUGACUACUGAAUCAGAUUUUCAUCAAAUUUCUGAUGCAAACAUGGAAACGUUGAAAGUAUCUGAAAAUCCUGAUAGUGAAGAUUUAGAACUCAGAAGUUCACAAUCAGAAAUUCAACCAGAAAACAAAAUGAUUGAGUUAACAUCUGAAGCAGAAAGAACAGAAGAUAUCAUCUGUGAAGCUAGUGUUUUAGUCAGAGAAGAUGAGUUUACUGUAGAUACGGUUAUAGUGGACAGUAAUAUGACUAUAGAGUCAGAUUUGCUUCAGAGUGACACUUUAAAUGAUGCAAAACUGGAAGCAUUGAAAUUAUCUAAAAAUACUGUGAGUGUUUCUGCUGUGAUGGAUUCUGUGCUUCUUGUGCAAGAGGAUGUCACUGAAGGAUCAAGAGAGACAGACAAAUUUCCUGAGCAAAGUGACAUCAACAUCAUUCCUGAAUAUUCUCAUGGAGAGGAGGUACACUCAAUAUCAAGUCUAAUUGUUCACAAGCGAAAAAUGUGCUCAACACGUAGACCUCUCAGAGGGAACAAAGGACAAAGAAAAGAAAUAGAACAUCAUGAUGAAAAUGAGACACUUGACAGUGAAGGUAUGAGCAAUGCAGAGAAAGAAACAAUUUGUUUGGAGAAUGAACCCAGUCCAGAUGAAUCUACAUUACAAAGUUUAAAAGAUGGAGCUAAAAAGCAGGAGAUGGAAAUAUGUGAGAAGAAUGAUGUUGAUCCUGUUAAAGGGUCUGAAUCCACUCUCCUGCAGUCAUCAUGUACUUCAGAUUUAGUGUCUAAGGAAUCCACAGCAAUAAGUAUCUGUCACAUCACAGAAUCACAAACCCUCACAAAUAUUCAUGUAGAGUCUCAAGAAAAUAUUGGAGAUGCUGAAAGAGUGGCAGCAGAGGAUGACAAAGACUUACAAUUAGAAAUUGACUCACAGAACAAAACAUUUGACUUAGCAACCAGUGAAGCAGAUGGAACAGAAGAGAACAUCCAAGACGUUAGUGUGGCAUUAAUCAGAGAAGUUGAAGUUAUUGGAGAUACAGUUACAGUAGAGAGUAAUAUGACUACUGAGUCAGAUUUUUUUCAAACUUCUCCUGAUGCACACAUGGAAGCAUUGAAAGUAUCUAAAAAUGCUGAGAGAGAAGUUUCAGGAGAAACAAACACAAUUCCUGAACAAAGUGACAUCAGCAUCAUUCCUGCAGAUUCUCACAGAGAAGAGACACACUCAAAAUCAAGUCCAGUUAUUCAGAAGAGAAAAAUGGGCUCAACUCGUAGACCUCUCAAAGGGAAUAAAGGACUAAGAAAAGGUCAUGAUGAAAAAGAAAUCUUCAAUUUGGAGGAUAAACCCAGUCCAGAUGAAUCCAGAUAUACUGCAGUGAGUAUCUGUGACAUUUCAGAAUCACAAACUUUCACAAAAAUCCAUGCAGAGUCCCAGGAAAAUACUGGAGAUGUUGAUAUAGUGCCAGCAGAGGGAGACACAGAAUCACACUCAGAAAACAAAACAAUUUACUCGCCAGCAUUUGAAGGAAAAGCAACAGGAGAGAACAUCUGUGCAGCUAGUGCUUUAGACAGAAACGUUGAGUUUAUUGGAGAUGCAGUUAUAGUGGACAGUAAUAUGACUACAGAGUCAGAUAUUGUUCAGAAUGACACUUCCACUGAUGCAAAACUGGAAACAUUGGUAUCUGAAAAUGCUGAGAAUGAAAUUUCAGGAAAAACAGACAUCAUUUCCAAACAAAGUGUUCCCAACAUCAUUCCUGAAGAUCUUCAUGGAGUGGAGGUACACACAAAAUUGAACCUUAAUGUGCAUAAGCGAAAAAUGGGCUCAACUCGUAGACUUCUUAGAGGGAACAAAGGACAAAGAAAAGUGAGAGUAGAAUCCAAGGAAAAUAAUGGAGAUAGUGAAGGAGUGUCAGAAGAGGAAGACACAGAAACACACUCAGAAAUUCAAAACUGGGAUAACGUGGUUGAUCAGAAUGUGACACAAGAAAUUAUGAAUGUAAGAGAUGUUGAAGAUGAGGAGAGAAAGACCACGAAGACACUGGACAUGUCAGUGCAGGUGCUAUGUGAUGAUUUGGAACUAGAGCAAAGAUCAGAUGCAUCUCAAACACAAACUGGUCCAUCACAGGAAGAUUCUGGCUCAUAUUUAGUAGAGUUCCUAGAAAGAACUGCAGAUAUUGUGAGAGACAGUAAUAGUCUUUCUGAUAUGGUAAUGUCUGAUGCCCUUCUUAUGGAAGAAACCCAAAUUCAUGUGUCAUCUAAUGAUGUUCCUCCAACAGAGGUGGUUGAAAUGAAUCCAGUCUCCAAAAAGUCUAUGCAGAAGAGAAAAAUUGGGUCAACUCGGAAGAGAGGUAAGAGGAUGGUAAAUGACAAGGAGGUUGAAGAAGAGAAAGAGGGAGAAACUGAAAAUACAACAGUUGAUGAUGAGACCACAGAGUCAGAGGAGAAAUUAACACUUGAAGAAGCCAUUACAGGAUCUCCUGUACAUCAGCAACUGUUCAGUUCAUCUGCUGAUAAAGAAGACCAUGACAUUCAGGAUAUUGUUUGUAAAUCAGAUGUGCAGGCAGAAAACUCAAAACAAAAUGAUCCAAACUCUACCAUAAAUCCAGAACUAUUGAUAGAAUCUGAAUGUUCUUCAAAUGUUGCUGCUGAAAUGGUUUCAGACCUUCCAUUGGGAGAUGUCGACACAUACUUAGAUCCUAAACAAAGUGUCAUUCCUAAAGAGUCUCACAGAGAAGAUCAACCAAACUUGAAUCCGGUUGUUCAAAAACGAAAAAUGGGGUCGACACGUAAGAUGCUCAGAGGGAACAAAGGGCAGGGAAGAAUAGCAGAAUCCAAAAAGAUGGAUGGAAAUAGUGAAGGAAUGAUACAAGAACAGGAUACAGAACCACAUUUUGAAACUAGUGCAAGAAAAACUGAAUUUGAUGAAGACGUUGAACAAAACUUCCCAUUUGAAUGUUCUCAUCCAGUGGCUUCUUCAAACAUGCUCCUUGAACCAGAAAAUGGAUUGACGGAAGUUUCUCCGAAUAUUCAUGACCUAUCUGAGGUGAGUGAGGAAAAGGGGAUGGACAAUACUGGAAAUGACAGUAAUAGUCUGAGUGAGGCAAUUAAUCUCAAGGAGGGGACAAAGGACAAAUUGGUCUUGACAAUUAGUCACGAAGAUGUUCAUCAGAUUGUGUCAGAGCCUGCACAAACUGAAAACACACACGAGGUUAUUCCUACACAAGAACUAAGAGCCACUCAAGAUGAUGUUGUUCAUGAAAACAACUCUCGAAAAAUACCUGCCACCCAAGAAAAGAGGCGAAAGAUGGGCACAACCCGGAGAAAUCCCCGAGCAAUGCAUGGGAAAAAUAUGGCCGAUAAUGAAGAUGUACUUGGUGUGGCAGAGGAUAGAGAAACUAAGAAAGCAGAGAAUGAUUUAGAAGAAGCAUUAAGCAUCAGUCAGUCCAAGGAUGUGUCUUCAGUCAGUACCACAGAUCUUAAUUCAGAAAUGUUAGCUAGUGUAACUGAUUUAAAAGUUGAAAAUGAUAAUCUUCACAGUUUUAGACCAACAGUACCUGAAACACAUGAAAAUACCCUUCAAAUAUGUGACAAUCAAUUAGAAAAUGCUGAUGUUACCAAACAUCCACAGUCAGAGACUGUUACCAUUGAGAAGAGAAGAAAGAUGGGCUCGACUCAGAAGAAUCUCAGAGAAGGAGGUAUACGAGGAAAAAGAGAUGGAUAUGAGGACACAGAAAUUGAAGACACAAAUGUGCAAAUGUCUCAGGACUCUGAAAUGAGCUUAGUAAGAGAAGAUGUAAGACAACAGACAACUCACGACUACUCCAAUCAGCCAGAGGAUUCACUUCUCAGUGAGAUAGAGAGAGCAUUAAAUAAGACGUCUCAAAGUUCAUUAAGUUGGGAUUGGGAAUUAAUCGUCAAAGAGCCAAACCCAGAUGGCUUAGCCAAUGCUCCUGAUCUCAAUAUGCCAGAAAACUCAGAAAUCAAAUCUCUUCAGCCAAUGCCAUCGGCUCACAGUGAACCCAACUCACCAGGAGGACGAAGAAGAAAAAUGGGUUCAACUCACAAAAAUCUCAGACAGCAGUUCAAAGCAGAAAGGGAGGAUGAAGACAAAGAGGAUGGGGAGAUAGAUGAGAACUCAAAGACAAAUAAGCAAGAAAAGAAGGACCUUGAAAGAGUUGAGGUGUCUGUAGUGCAUAAUAUUACUGAAAACAAACUGAAUAAAGAGUAUCUCGAUGUCUCUAGUGCACACACAAGUAGCAAUCAGCUAGAAGAGAGCACUAACCCUGUUAGCCAAGAAAAGACGUCUCCAUCAACUAAAAGGAAGUUUGGGUCCAGACGUGCUAAUAAGGGCAAACAAGGCCUUGGUAGGUUGGCUGAUUCUGAUUUUGGGAAUGAUUUAGAAGAUGGAGAUCAUAAAUCAGACAGCUCUGAGGUCAAGGACAAGCUGCACAGUGAUGACUUAGCGGUUUGUGAUCCGUGCCUCACCUUACAACCAGAGAAUCAACCAGCUUCUGAGCAAAGGAACAUGGAAGCCAAAAAUGAAGAAGCUGCUCCAAAAGGCACUGGUGCUGGUCUCGUUUCUUUGGACCAAAUCAUAAAACAUGAUAGCACUGGAGCUAAGCAGACAGUAAAUUUAAAGAACAGGAUUUCAGAUACUGAAGUAGUUCAGUUUAAUGUUGUCAUGGUGGGAAACAGCUGUGUGGGAAAGACUUCCUUCAUAAGACGCUUCCAUGAAGACCAGUUCACUGAGGAUUACCGCUCCACUAUUGGUGUUGACACCUGUAUACAGACUGUUGUGCUGCCUGACAGAACUGUUAGACUGCAAAUAUGGGACACAGCAGGUCAAGAGAGGUUUCAUAGCAUCACCACACAAGUGUUCCACAAGGCUGAUGGGCUUCUGCUCAUGUAUGAAGUCACAUGUUCAAAGAGUUUUAUUUCUGUACGAGAUUGGAUCUCUCAAGCUCGGCAAAGGGCCCCUGAUGAUGUCAUCAUGAUGUUGCUUGGAAACAAAAAUGAUUCUGUAAAGCGUGAAGUCCAGGUUCAGGAAGGGGCAGAUCUGGCCAGAGAGUAUAACAUACAUUUCAUGGAGUGCAGUGCUGCAACUGGGGUGAAUGUGUCAGAAUCCAUGAGAAGUCUUGCAGAGAUGUUAGUGCAGUGCAAGUCACAGAAGGAGAAACACACAACAUUGAGAAGAGAACCACCACAGAAGAAAUCUGGUUGCUGUUGACUGGUGGAGUGGGGUAUGAGUGGUUAUGAACGAAUGAAUGAAACGCAUUUGUCCGUGUUUCA